AAAGAAACAGAACGCUUACUGAGUCUGGCCCAGAUGACGUUAUUGCUUGAAAAGCUAGAGCUUUGCCCCAAUUCCAUGUUUUUCCUCUUCUGUAACAAUGACAGUUGCGGGGGUUCGGAAUGUGGAAUCUAAAAGUCUGUGUCCACUUUCAUUUUGGCUCAAAUACCAAGAAGAAGGGAAUAAAUGAAGGAAGUUACUAGAAUCCCAGCCUAAGCUUCGAUAGAGAAGAAACUUUUGAAGGGGAAUCUUUGAAUGGGCUACGGCAAUCGAGACACCACACCUGCAAUCGAGAAGCUACGGCGGCGAUGGAGUAGGGAUGCCGGCGGUAGAGAAAUGCGGGCGGCUAAUCUGUCUCCGAUUUCUGAGAAUCAAGGCCGCAAGCGAGAAGUGACGUCGACUGUAGAGAAGAGACAACGGCAAUGGAGGAGUGAUGGGCUAUCAACACAAUUGGGGGUUGCUUCCAUGGAGCGACCACCAUGGAGCAGUCGGUUGAAGACUCUGUCUAAGAAGCUUUUGGAAAUAGAGAGGGAGUUACAUCUUCUGGAGCCACGGUCACAUGAGGAAGGCAAGAGUUCAUCAAGUGGUGUUUCUAAUUUUCAUUUAUCAGGCGGCCUAGGCGAGUCAUCUUCAAGAGAUGUGCAGGCGUUCUAUGAAGACGAAUACCUGGAGCGAUCACCAAGGACGAGUCGCUCGAAGACUCUUUCAAACUUGAAGAAGAGGGUUUCUAAAUUAGAGAAGGAUAUGUCUGUAAUGAAGAGGCGAAAGCUCUCGAAGAGGUUUUGGUCAGACGUCCGUAAAGUAUCGUUGCAGAUUUUUGAAUUGGAAUCCGAGAGCCAGGAGUUGUCUCAUAAGGAUGGCUGGGGUGUUUCUAAUUUGCCGUCAUCAGAGGGGGAUAUGCCUGAGUUUGAUGAAAUCCCAUCUGCCCCAACCCAGGCUGCUGGUGAUGUGGAGGUAUGUGAUGAGAAGGAGAAUAGUGAAUCCCCCAGGGCGAUGCUGGCAUCUGAGGUUUCUGAUGAUGAAACCCGAUCCUCCCCGACCCAGGUUGCUUGUGAUAUGGAGAUAGGUGAUGAGGAGAAGGAGAAGAGUGAAUCCCCAUCUGACCUGGAGAGCUUGAGCAGUUGUGGCUCUGAGUUCGAGUAUACUCUAACUGAGGAGGAGGAGGAGACUCCUGUUAGGGAGAAUGAAUUUGAAGGCUAUGCACGUGCAAAAAAGGUACAUCACUGUUUGGAGCAUAUAUACGCAGGUAUGAAGAGAUUUGCUGAUCACAGUACCAAAGGUCGUGCCUUAUUCCACGCUCUGAUUUCUACAGCCGCCAUAGUUGGCCUACUGUUUGAUAAGGAGGAUUACUACUGUUUUGGUAUGUCUGCUGAGAUGACUGAGCAAUUGAAUGACUUGUGGAAUGAAAUACUUGAUAAGACAAAAGAGGUUUUUGGUAAGACAAAAGGGGGUUCUUCAUUUCUUCCAUUCUUCAAUUUGAUUGCUGAUGGAAAAAUUGACUUUGAAAAGUAUCCUUUAGUGGGGGAGUAUGAUGUUGCUUAUAUGCUUGGGGUGCGGUUCUCUUACGACUCAAUAUCAAUAUAUUUGCUUGUAAUUAAUUUAUGAUAUUGAGCUCCGUCCUAAUCCCCCCAUGCAAAGAUUUUGGAUCGAGGCCUCAUGCACAAUGCCAUUUCAUAACCAAUACCCGGUCAACAAUUGUAUGAUGAAGGAGAAGGUGAAGGUUUACUCUGAUAUAGCAGAUACAAUCGGCCGUGCCAUGGAAAAUAAGUCGAUACCGGUGGUUGAUUUUAGAAAAUUACUUCGCAACGUUCUGGAUGGUAGCACUAUUACCACACAGGAAAUGUGCCUUAUCGAUAUUUCAGUCAAAAUUGUCACCGACACGCUCCAUGAAAUCGAAGCAAAGGAGCUGUCUGAAUUCUUUUGUAACUAUGCAAUUGAGUCUUCCAAAGAGGAUCUUCUUUCUCUUGUAAAGAGACUUGUUUGGGAUGAGGUUAUCAGCAAAAGACGCUUGUUUAUGGCCGGUAUACACUGGGUCAUUCAACCAUUUAUGCAUUUGCUUAUUGCAUUUGAUUGCUAUUCGUCGGAAGAAGUGGAAUGUCUGAUCAAACUAGCUGAAUGUUGCCGUAAAGCCGAAAGUGCCCGUUUUAUCAGAAGAGAGCACUUUGUUUGGGCAUUUCAGGAAAUUUUUUUUGUUCUUCCUUCGUGGAUGAAGCUCGAGGAAGGAUCAAGCAAAGCUGAUGGAGCCAAUCCUCCUUAUCACAUAUAUGCAACUUCUAUCAUGUUGGCAAAGUAUCUAGGGGAUAAGUGUGUUGAAGUAGAACAUUUGGCUUAUGCAUCCAUUUUCGGGAAGCAUAUGGAAUUCGAAUCGGAACAGUUGAAGUUAUUGGCCAAACAUUAUAAGGAAAUUUGCAGCAAGGGCUUUGAAAGAGCAGAUAAUGCAUGUCCUUUGUAAUCAAUUCCCUCUUUCUCUUGCAAGUUGCAAAUGUACGAAGUGUCUACGAAGAUUCAACCUGUCAACCAUUUCUGAAAGUUUAGCUUCAUCUAUUUAGGUUAGUUUGAAGAUAUUUAUCAUGAUUAAAAGUUAAUACUCAAAGGCGUGUUGUGUUGUAUAUUUUACGGAGUUGUCAAGUUAAACAUAAACUAGCUUGAAGACUUUUAUCAUAAGUUGAUAAUGUGGGAAUGGUAACGGAACUUGGAUGUAUUUCGAAUGAAAGGGUACAAAGUGGAUGACCAUCCGAAUGGGUAUUCACUUCCAAAAAUGUGUUUUUUGUUAGUUAAUUUUUUUUGUUUCAAUUUCGAUCGCCAUGCUCCUUCGCAGCUCAAUUCAGAUAAGCUUUACAUACUCCGUACUUGUUUUGUUCUGCUAUGGUGGCGGCUAUACUCUUCAAUUUCUAUAGCCAUCUCCUUAA